AUGGUGGUCCCUGACUUCAAUGCAAUACAAGGAGAACGUUACAAUCACAAUUUCGCAGCGGAUUCCAUACUUUUUCGAGGUGUGGAUGAGCAUGCAACUCACAAACUUCUCACCAAACAAGAUCUCGUAUGUUUCCACUCUUUCACAACAUCUCUUCUAAUCUCUCUUUCUCCCUUUUCAGUCUUGCCUCAAGCGUCUUUUGGUCAAAUUCCGUCUACACUUGAAAGAAAGCGUGAGUUUUACUUUUUUCGCUGUUUACCCCCAAGAAAAAGUCACGUUUUCAGCACGAGGACAUUGAAAAGUACGGCAAAGAGGACAUUCUAUUCGAUCACGCGGUGUUCAUCAACGACCAAAUGAUAAAGAGAACGGAAUCACUGCAAGCAGCGGCAAAACAUGAAAAAGACAAGGUUAGUCUACAAAGUUCACGAGAUAAGCAUGAGAAUUCCGGCUCGUCAGGCUUGAGGAAGCGCAUAGAUAAUAAAGCUCUCACGUGAAAAUCAGAAGGUGAUGGGGUUUGGCUCUCACCCGAGAAAGAGAGAGAGAGAGAGAGAGAGAGUCAUACAAUAUUAGCAAAAACUAUGUACAAGAGAUAAUACAAGACGGGAAGUAGCCUCAAUUGCGCGAGCGAUGCGAGAAGAACAUCGCUUCAGUCAUGUGAUAUUAAAAUGUUUAGCUAUUUAGAUAACUACAUAUUCAAACGCACUUAUUAGCCAAAACAGUGCUUUCAGAUUAGAUGAUAAAAAGAAAAGCUCAAACUUUUGCUGACUUUACUAGCUGCAAAUUUGGUUGUUCGGUUUCCUUUCUCAACAUACAUGUACAUGUACGACUAAUGAGUCAACGCUACAGAAUGCACGCUCCGACAACUUCAUGGCGGCAGUGGGCCUCUUCAAAAAAGGCCUUCAGGCUUUUGAAAGUCAACAAGCCGCGCUCCGUCGUCAUCAGGCCCGUCUGGCCUACUCCCGAACCCCAGAAGGAGCCGCCUAUUUCAAGGAGAAGGCCCGCGAGGAACUGACUGUAAUCGUACAGGAACGUUUGAAAGAGUACGAAAGGAAAGAGGCAGAGAUGGCUGCGGAAAAAGCGAAACUGGAGAACGGUCUCGAUGAUGAGAGAAUCGGGAAAGUGAGCACGAUUCCGGAGGAGGACGAGACGGUUGCCGAACAGGAACAGGCGGAAGAGGAAGAGAAGAAUGACGAGUAA